AGUUAUAGGCAUGGUUUGAGCCUAGCAAAUGAGUCCCUAAUUCACUCUUUCAGCCACUCCGAACUCUCUCUUACUCUUAAUCCUAGGAUUCUUGCUUUUGCCUUACCUUCUUUAGAUAAAGGGCCUCUUUUUUAUAGAAGAAGCAGCUAGUUUAUCGGCAUCUGUUGUCGUUGAAUGAAUAACCGAUUCAAUUGUUCUUGUUGGCAGUUAGUUUGAUUCAGCAGUGACGAAAGGUUAUCAUCUUCUAUUCGUUGGAUCCCGUCUGCUUAACGAAAUGCUCUUUCUAGGUCUUUCGAGAAGGGACGCCAUAUAGUUCAGGAAGGGCUUAGCAGCAUAGAACUGACUGAUGAAUCAUCUAAUUCCAUAGGAAAGGACGUGUAACCUAAGGGGAAUGACGUGAUAGGAGUCUUCUUUCUUUCAAGAAAAGGCUAUGGUAUGGGCAGAGACCUUUUUGAAUAGCAAGUCCAGGUUUAGGAGCACAUCCCCGGUAGACAAGGAAGAAGGAAAUGUAGCGAAGUCGGGAUAGGUAGAAGGUGGAACUCUCUUGUUCACAAUUGCCCAUGGCUAAAACAAAGAGGGCGUAGACCCGCGGUAGGAGACGGAAUGGAGGUAAUUUUUAUUUUCUCUUACAGAAUCAGCUGCUAUUGCAUACCUUGUUACAAGAUAUGUAGCGGAGGAAUUCGUCUAGUCACAUGGAGCUGUUCUCUUUUAAGUGAGAUUUGGAAAUUGAUAGUUAGCCUGCAUCUGCAGAGCUCCUUCUGUAACAACUUCCUAUUCUAAUUCAAUCUCGGACAUUCAGUCAGUGAAGUUACUUUCUUUCUGGCUAGGCUAAGCCUUUCCUUCGCCUUCCCCUGCUUUCCGUUCAGUUUUCCUUUCCUUGGUUCAUUCGUGGCAUUGGUUUUCAAAUUCAUAUCAGAUCAUCUGUCCGAGUCAGAUUCUUUCACAGCGCAUUCUCUGCUAUUGAUUCUAGCACACCGGAAACCCGAACACUAAGAGUGGGUGGAUAGGCUGACACCGGUUAAUUGAACACUUUACUAUGAUCGAUGCAGCGGGAACGCUCACUCGCACCAACGGAUACUACCACAGCUAAUUGAAGUGCUAGUCCAGCAAGGUUAGUGAUUCAAUUGCCAGUCCUCUACCACCGGCUAUAAGACCCUCAACGCAGACGUGUUGUUAGAGUGAACCGGUGCUCCUCCAACAAGGUGCUCCCAAGCGACCUGGGGGACCUAAUAUAGCUCACUACCUGCCAUUACCCCUAUCCAUUCCUACCUAUUUUCCAUCCGGAAAUCCAUUUUUCUGUCCAGAGAUAAACCACUUCCCCGGCCUCCUGGUCUCGACUAUUCUUCUGUCUAUUUCACCGAUACGCAGGCCAUACCAUCGAAGAGUAUCAUACUUUGCGUGAUAUGUCAUCUAUGACAUGAAUGAUGAAAAUCGUAUCAAUUGGAAUUCAGUUAAGGCAUACCUGAAAGCCGCCAAUGCCACUGAAGCUACUGGAGAUCUAUACUAAUCCAAUACCACAACAGAAAGGGGGACAAGUCACCACUCAGGGACCUACACCGGUACAAACUAAUCCAGGACCUUCUGCCAGCGCUAACACCAUCCGAGCUUGCACUGCUACUCGAAGAGAGAUGCCUGUGAGACCCCCUCAAGUUCUGUAAUUCGAAAGAGGAGAAUGAAAAACUUCGGAGUCACUUUCUUUGCCUGCCCCCAGGAAUGUUCCAAAAGCAGACGAAAUCACUAUGGAACCGGACCUCCUUGCCAGGAGGAAUCAAAGAUUCAUGGCCGGAGAUCAAGGCACAGAUCGAUCCGAAGCGAGCAGCAAGGGCUGAAAAGCGUAGAAAACUCCAAUGCGCUCCUGAAAACUACAGUGCAGAAAUGGCUUCCGACACGGCAACAUGGAACUUUUAGGCUUCUGCUUUUGGCUAGUGCCUUUCCUUAUAGAUGGCAUAACCGGGGAAGUUGAGUUCUAGUCUUGGAGCUCGGUUCUGGCAUCUCAGUUCAGUCCUACAGCUCAUGGCCUAUCUUAUCACAACAAAAAGAUUGGUUGUAGGCCCUCUCGAAGCGCUUCCAGAAAGCAUUGCUUCCUUCACCAAGCAUAGAUUGGUCCCCUUUUAUCUUUUGUUAUAAUGGAUACUAUUGCAAAGAUUCCAUCUUGCUCCCACCAUGAAAAAGGAAGACGAAUCAAAACCAGGGCCCUGGAAAGACGUCUAACGAGAUAAAUUGGGUCUCCAUUGCUAUUUUACAGGAGAAAAAAAGCAAAUGCUGUUAUAUUCUCCAAGGGCCCCCAUCCAGAUCUGCUAUCUAUCUUCGUAGUCUGGUAUGUGUAAGUUAUACCAGCCUUACAACUAGUUGGAGUUCCAUUAAGAUAAAGGUAACAUUCAUCUUCAAUAGCUGGCAUAGACGUUCGUUCAGCCAAAACAUCAACCGUUUAGUUGCUGAAAGUAUAGAGAUAAGCUUCCCAAGGCCUUCCUUUUAUGGUCCAAUACCUUAUGACGGACAAGCACCCGAUGAAACUGACUGAAUCUUGUCUCACUGCCAACCAUUUGGUGGUAGAGUCCAAACCCAUUUCCCGAAUGAAGCCUCUUUCUGAGCGCUGUGCUCUAUCUCCUCUCUUCCGCACCCUUGCUUGAGUGCUCUGCGCGCGAUUCCUUCCAACUAUAGCUAAUUUCUUUGUUUUGUUUGAUAAGUAUCUCCUUAUUAGCUUAGAGUAACCCAGGAACUAUUCCUUAGGUUGCAUUCCUGGUGAGUAAGCCGAGUUCUUCUUGCUUGAAAGGAAAGGAUUUCUACCAUCAAUAAUCUCACUUGCUGAGACUUUACUUGUAGGAUUGCACUUGAAAAGACCUUUAGAGAGAGGUGAGUAAGGGGGGUUUGCUUUGUGCAAUCUUAGAUCAAUUCCUUCGCGUUAGUAAGCUAGCUUUGGUUGCUAAGCAAGCCUGGUUCUCCGGGCACUACGGUAGGACGUGGAUCGAUCAUGACGAGAAUGGACUUCUCUGUAAUGUAAUAGAAGAGUCACAGUCCAGUUCCUCGGGCUUUUUGCCCUAAAGACCAGAGGAUAUAUUCAUUCCAUUCAGGCGGGCUUGGCUUGACCGUGUGUUCUCUCCUGGUCGGGUCGGAGGCGAAAACUGGCAAAGUUCAUCAUUCAAUGGUAGUGAAUAUCAAAUCAGGCUAAGCCCAACGAGUGGCAGAUUUCUCUUCCGUCUCGCUCAUUUCAGAAGAGUACGCGCGCUAGCGCGCUACGGCUUACGCAGUUGAUCGGAUCAGAUAGCCCUUCGGGCAACCAACCGCACAUACAAUGUAAUUCCGAUCAACAAGAGGUAUGGCUGAGUGGCUUAAGGCAUUGGUUUGCUAAAUCGACAUACAAGAAGAUUGUAUCAUGGGUUCGAAUCCCAUUUCCUCCGGCCGGGAAGUCCCUGGAUGGCUCUCAGUUAUUGAGCAUGUUGGGAGAUUAGGCGGCAAAAGAGUGAAAGCUUGACGAACAAGCGAAAAAAGCCCUAUAUCAACUAUCAUUAGUAAAGCACUUUUCCCUUACCUUACUAGUAAAGUGCCCACGGAGCGCCCCCUUCUCUCACAUAAGGGCGGUAGGGCGCUAUUCGAUGAAGAAAACAUACUUUAGGAAAGUGGUUCAGGUAGCUCAGCUGGUUAGAGCAAAGGACUGAAAAUCCUUGUGUCAGUGGUUCGAAUCCACUUCUAAGCGGACGAAGGGUCCAAAGGACACGUAGCCUACGCGCGCCGGAUUUAGAAUAGAAUAAAAAAAAGUGAAAGAAAGAAUAAGCCAACAAACAAUUUGGAGCGCUCCUGCACUAUACGGCUUUUUGGCCUCGCCCUAUCUUGCUUCAGGCAUAUUUUUAAAAUAAAGCGGUGGAUUACUCGGAUUGGUUCUCGCGUCCCUGUGCCCAAAAGUAAGGGCGAGUUCAAUUCAAGUCUUCAUCGAUCGGGUCUAUCUAUAUGCUCCAGUGAGACGAGGUGUAGCGCAGUCUGGUCAGCGCAUCUGUUUUGGGUACAGAGGGCCAUAGGUUCGAAUCCUGUCACCUUGAUGUGAGGCAUCAGUCAGCAAAUACUCUUUAAUGAACAUCCAUCGCCCUCUUUCCAAUGGGGCAGUUUUUCCAUUAAAGUUUCCGACAGAUGGACCGUUUGAGAGCCUUGCAAGAGUUUCGAGAGUUAACGACAGGAGAGAGCGAUUGAGAGACUUGAUUACGACCGUUAGAGAUUCGCGUUAGCAUACUGAUUCAGCAUACUCGAUAUCGCACAGAUCAAUAACAAGGGAGAUCCAGAUUGAAUAAAGAAGAUCGAUGAAUGUGGCCCUCUUACUCCCCUUACUUUCUACGAUAGAGAUCAAUCAUUUACUGAAACUAAAAUCGAUUCACUUCUUGCUUGCCUACCACUCCUCUUCCCUACCAUUUUCUUUUCAUUCUUCUCUUAAUUUCACUCCUACGCCUUUCUGUACUAAAGGCUCGGACGGGAAUCGCACUGAUGUGAUGGAAAGGAAUCAAUCUCAGAGAUUCUCCGCCUAUCGACCCUUACAAGAGAGCUAAGCCUUACCUGCUCCUGAUAUUGGAGAGUUUCCAGUAGAACGGAAAGGCUUAGCUCAAAGACUUGAAAGAGCUUGUUGGAGGAAAUUGAUCAAAGUCAAGGGUCGACCAUAGGGAGAGAGUGAUACAGAGAGGGCUACUGCUACUGCGACAGAUGAUUGACUAAUGCGCCUACCGUUACAAAUAUCAAUAUCAAUUCGCUAACAGGUUCUUGCCUGCCCAUGCUACCUUCCUAUAAGCUGGCUAACUAAGGCUGGAGGACUUAUUACCGGUAUACGAAUACUUAAAGGCAGGAGCCUCUAAAACAAAUAGGGGAGGCAUCAAAGGGAAAGUCGCUUUACAAUUCCUAAAAUUUAGGCACAGCCUUUUCCACAGUUACAGAAGCCUUUGCCGCAGAUGACCGCUUUAUUAGCCCGGAUUGCGCUUUCAAAUCAAUAGUUCAUUGAUCUCCUCUGAUCUUUUGUUUGAACAAACCUUGUUACAGAAGCAUUAAUCGGUUUACUGCUUCUCUUAUUACUGAUUACUGACCCAAUCUAUACAAGAGGCAAAUUCAUAGGUUACACAAGGAAAGCCCCCUCUUCACGUCAAGUUGUUAGGUUAUGAAGAAGCUAUUCGACUGCCCUACCUACCUUCUUUCUGUUAAGCGAAGGCUUUCCCAUCAGAAGGAGAAUAGGGGCGAUCGAGCGGCGGUAUCGAUUAGCAAGCCUUCCCUAGCCAGUCAUCAAGUCGGAGACGGAGCUUAGUCAUCUCUUUCUGCUUGUGCGCUUGACCAUCGGGGAUCAUAGACCAGACCGACCUAUAAGGGGGGGCCGGUCUGACUACGAACUCUAUUUCCUGUUCAUAGGGUAUGAGCUAAGCUAGUAGCUUUCAAGUAAUGGCAUCCUUUUUUAUCCUAGUUUACGUAAUAGCUUUCCUCUUGCCCCCAUCUUUCUCUCCUUUAGUUAAGGGGGGGCGGUAACAAGUAGUAGUUCCUCUCUCAAAGGUAUAGUUUUUCCCUCAAUUUGAAGGCAUAAAGUAUCGUAUCUAUUUCACUUUCCUUGCUGUAUUGCUUGUCUUGUAUUCAAAGGGGAAGUCUGCUUUGCUGCAUCUUCUUAGAAAACGUAUUCUAUUAAAUGUAAUAGAAAUUAUUAUUUUCGAUGCGAAGAAUAGCGUAGUCAAGUACCCAAAGGAAUGAACUCUCUUUAUCAGAUGCGGCCUGGAGAAUGAACUUCGUUACGUUACGAGGGGAGGGAUAAGUAUACAGAAAGGAAGUUAAGCAAAAAAGGUAAACAUCAAGAAUGGUUACCCUGAAAGCGGACGAUAGAGGGAGCACGUUAGGGCGGGAAGGUUCUAUCUUUUUAGGGGCUGGCUUUCGAUUCGGGGAUUUUCCUGGCUAGUCUAGAUGUCCCUGCCUUGCUUGGUAGGUGAUCCAUGCUAAGAUAAUAAAAUUAGGCCAGGACUACUACUAGAUUGCAUAUCAAAUCAUUCUGAAACUUGGAAGGUCACGGUAAAAGGCUCCCAACAAGUCUCCUUUGUAUUACGGGAGCGACCACAAUGUUCACACUUUCACCUUCCUUUCUCUUCUGCCGCUUGGAUCUCUUGUGCUGUUUCCGGUGUUCAUUUUCAAUUCCGACGUGACUCAUCUAUCAGCUCUGGGCGAACAUCCAUUCACAUUCCUGCCAGCAAGGCUGAUUCACAUCGUCGGUCAUUGGCGAUUGCUUUCUUAGUGUGGCAUCUUUUUGUUCGCUGUCCACUGGUUUUGAAUAAAAAAAGAAAUGUAGAUAGAGAAAGAGGCUAAGCUAAGCCUACGUAACGCUAGAGGAACAGCUUUUUUGUCCGCUUUCAGCCAUAUAGAUGCGCUACAAGGUGUAAUAUCAUAUAAAAGUAAAGUAGCAUCCAGAGCAGCUAAGAAAAUAAAAUCGAGGGGAUUGCGGGUUGGUCUUCAUUGCGCACUAGCUUCAGUGGGAGUUAUAAAGUGUGGAGUUAGUGUUUUCAGUGUGACCUUUCCGAGGGACUAUUGCUGUAGAAUCUAUUAAUAGCAUUCAGGGUUAAACAUGACUCAACGAAAGUUACCAAAACCCGUUCAGUUGCUGAAAGAGAUAAGCUUGAUAAAUGAGAUUGAGUUUCACGAAUAUGCAGGCUAGAAAGAUGCUAUUUGCUGCUAUUCCAUCUAUUUGUGCAUUAAGUUCGAAGAAGAUCUCAAUCUAUAAUGAAGAAAUGAUAGUUGCUCUAUGUUUUAUAGGCUUUAUCAUAUUUAGUCGGAAGAGUUUAGGUCAGACUUUCAAAGUGACUCUCGACUCCAGAAUCCAGGCUAUUCAAGAAGAAUCACAGCAAUUCCCCAAUCCUAACGAAGUAGUUCUUCUUUCAUCCAAUGAACAACAACGAUUACUUAGGAUCAGCUUGCGAAUUUGUGGCACCAUAGUAGAAUCAUUACCAAUGGCACGCUGUACGCCUAAGUGCGAAAAGACAGUGCAAGCUUUGUUAUGCCGAAACCUAAAUGUUAAGUCAGCAACACUGCCAAAUGCCACUUCUUCCCGUCGCAUCCGUCUUCAAGACGAUCUAGUCACAGGUUUUCACUUCUCAGUAAGUGAAAGAUUUGUCCCCGGGUGUACGUUAAAAGCUUCUAUAGUAGAACUCAUUCGAGAGGGCCUGGCGGUCUUAAGAAUGGUUCAGGUGGGAGGUUCUCUUAAGAAUAAAUUGAAUCCGUUCGGGUACUGAUUGAUCUUGGUUUGACAUGGUUUACGCCUUACUGGUUCCCGGAAGAAAUAGAAGCUCGAGAAGGAAAAAACAACCUAGUUCACUCGCUGAGUCUUUUUGCAUCCGGUUAAAGCGCCCAAGAGGCAAAUUCAUAGGUUA